GUGGAGAAAUGCAAGGAAAUUAAGCAAACCGCUCUUUGUUUCGCUUUUAUUUUCACUUAGCCUAGUGCGACGCUAGCAGUUAAGAUGCGGAACUGACAACAAUUUUAUUAUAUCUUAUAUAAUAAAGCAAGACUUAUUAAACCAGUUAGAAGUUUACGAUAUGUUUAUACUAUGGCACUGACGUAAAGGCAGAGGCCACCCAUAGAUACGGUUUCAUUGUGAUUUGUGAAGUGGCUAUCAAAUCUAUAGGAUCAAGGAGGAAGAAGGAAAAAGCGCUCAUGGAAUUAGGUCAGUGAAGGACCAGGUACAGAGAGCGGGAACAUGUGCACCGUCUCUUCCUGAACCGCAGCCAAUGAGUGCUGAGCGGGAGCAGCUCCUGGACCAGGUGGCCAACGUUAUCAGAGUCUUCGGCGACUCGCUCGAUCAAGAGCCGAGAUUCAAUGACUUGGUUGAUGGGUUUGCACGUGUGGCAGAUAGACAGAGUUUCCAGAUGCUUGUAGAUAAAGUGUUUGUUGGCGGCAUCACCUGGGGGAAAAUUAUUACUCUGAUCUGUGUUAUUGGGAAAACAGUUGCAAAGAUUCUUGCAAAUUCAGUCCCAAGCAUUGUGUCUUGGACAUUGGAUUACUUCAGAGAUUACCUACAGAACUGGAUCUGCAGUAGGGGAGGAUGGCCCGAUCUCCCUCUCUUCUGGAGUCAUCUUCCUCAGUGGAGCACUGCUGGGUGGCCUCAUCGUCUGGAGACUAAACAGAGGUGCCUGAGGACGGUCAGUGGAGGACCAAUAAAGUGAGAAAAAGAGGAAUUCUGGGAUUUAUACAUGCUACAGACCAAAACAAAGAUAGUUUGGUGACCAAAUAUAGGAGAAGAGAAGGCUGUUUGGGAAUAUUAUGCAAAGUGAGAAAGGGUGUGAAAUAGUCCAUGCGAGAAAGAUUAAGAAUGAGGGCACUUACAAGUUUCAUCACAUCCAGAAUGGUAUGUACAGUGUAGCAAGAUUUGAAAUAUCCUAGAUGCUGUGCCAAGAGGACUGUUCACUGACAUUUUAGUGACACUGUUAUUAACCUCUACCUCAUUUUCACUAGUGCCAUUGUUUUUACUCCGUGCAUUCUGUUGUCAGACCAACUCUUUUAAUAAAGCAAACUCUUUU